ACACCUCAGCGGACGGGCUUCCCGUCUCCUGAUUGGUCCGCUGCUCAUUAUCGGGAUUGUCCCUCUAAGGAGCUUUGGCCUAAAAGGUAACAGGAGCUCCGAUCGAGGAGGUCGACCUCCAGCGAGGUGUUCAAGCGGCUCAGGGAUGAGCUGAAACGACACUUGGAGCGGUCUGACCUCCGGGUACUUUGGAGGGAAAGGAGCAUCCUUAAACAUGGUGGAGGUGUUUUCCGGCCGGACCCUGCUGAAUAAAGACGGGGAUCUGGUGGAUCCCGAGCUGGCGCUGAGGAACAAGGUGGUGGGGAUCUACUUCUCGGCAGGAUGGUGCCCUCCGUGUCGCGACUUUACACCGAUCCUGUGUGAUUUCUACACGGAGCUGGUGGAGGAGGGUGAGCCUCCUGCACAGUUUGAGAUAGUUUUCGUCUCCUCGGACAAGACGCUGGAUGACAUGGUUGAAUAUUAUCACGACAUGCACGGAGACUGGCUCGCUCUGCCCUGGACGGAUGAAUAUAAACAUGAGUUGAAGCAGCGCUACAACAUCACAGCGGUCCCAAAACUGGUGAUUGUGAAGGAAAACGGCGACGUGAUCACCGAUAAGGGCAGGAAGCAGAUCCGAGACAGAGGCCUGGCCUGCUUCGGGUCCUGGCUGGAUGCUGCUGAGGUCUUUCAGAACUUCAAGGGCUAGAACCGCCCAGACGGACCAGAAGAAAAACAUCGUUUAUGAGAAUUUACAAUUACACUAUAAUUUUCUUCUCCACGUCAGCACUAAAACCAUGUUAAACCCCUGAGUUUAGCUCAGCUUUUUAGAAGUCAUGGCAGGAUCAUAAACAAAGACUAAAGAUUAGCUUUCAGCUUCAAGCCUUUGCUAUGCAUUUAAGGUGAAUCUCAGGCAUAUCUGCAAUAGCUAUGUUGUGUGUGUGUGUUGUGAUAAGCAGCUGCUAUAGUUUUGAGGACUUUUUCCUGCAGCUCCAGAUUAAACAAAUAUUUAUUGAACGUCUUGUUUUGAUGCAAAAAGAAAGACUUGUAGUUGUGUUUGCACCUGCGUGUAUAUUUUUAUAUUCUGUUUUCUAUGAGUUGGUAAUAAAAUAUGAUCUGAACUUAAA